ACCGUCAUGUGCCUGAACGGAAACCCACCCCGGCUGACAGCAGGUGCUAACUUUAGUCAACGUGAAGAAAAUGAGAUGUUUGCUUCGACAACAGGGAAGAAAACAGGUGUUAGUGCUGUAGCUGCAGUGAAAGUGAAGCUCUGACAGUUUUCAAGCUGCACUUCUGACUGCUGCCCUUCUCAAUGAGGUACAGAGGAGCUCAGAUCUGUCUCGGGGCUCGUGGCUCGUGCUGUCUGUCCCGGCUCUCUGUGUCUGGACGUCUUCCUGGCAGACUCGCUCUGGUCCGAACCUACAGUGCUCACCAUCAGCCUGGCCCGCCUCCUCCACCCACUAACCCCGCCCCUCCUGAUGGGAAGCGUGGAGCCGAGGUGGUGAAGGAGCGUGCCCUGGCUGCCUUACAGCGUGCAGGUGAAUUGGGGCAGCAGUGGGGUCAGAGGUCAGCUCAGACAGCCUCCGCCACCGUCAACUACUGGUGGGAGAGGUAUGAGGAGUUUGUCGGGCUCAACGAGGUCCGCGUGGCCCAGACCAAUGUCACUGAGGCGGAGGCAGCGUUCAUGGUGGCCAGAGGGAUGGUACGAGAGGCUCAUGUUAGCCUGGAGGCCCUGCAGGUCAGGUUGAAGGAGGUCAGAGACCGGCUGGACAGAGUCUCCAGGGAGGAGGCUCACUACCUGGAGCUGGCCACGCUGGAGCACAAACUGCUGCAGGAGGAGCGCCGUCUCCGGACAGCGUACGAGAACGCAGAGGGUUCGGAGAGGGAGAAAUUCGCCUUGUUCUCGGCGAGCGUCAGGGAGAGCCACGAGAAGGAGAGGACGAGAGCGGAGCGCACCAAGAACUGGUCCGUCAUCGGCUCGGUGCUCGGGGCCCUGAUCGGAGUCAUGGGAUCGACGUACAUCAACCGCGUCCGCCUGCAGGAGCUCAAGACUCUGCUGCUGGAAGCCCAGAAAGGUCCAGAGAGCCUGCAGGAGGCCCUCAUAGUCCAGGCUGGAAACCAUCGCUCCCAGCAGGACGAGCUCCGAAAGCUCAUCGACAACCUCAGGGUCGCUCUGAGUGACACCUUCACACAGAGGGACAUCGUCCUUCAGAAGAAGAAAGGUCUGACCUCAGACACACCCACUGUGCCUCUGUCAGCCUUAAAAGACCUCCACACCAGCAGCCAAAAGACCGAGUCCUUUCUGAAGUCCCUCACGCCACAGCUGGGACAGCUGGAGCAGGGAGUCGGUAGAGUUGAGGGUGAAUUGUCGACGGUGAGGAAGCUGCUGGAGACCAGACCACCGGCUGAACCACAGGCCGCUCAGCUGCAGUUAGCAAAACCAGAGAGUCCAGAGAGACCAGCGAUAGAGGCCCAGUGGGAGUCUGAGGCAGUGAUGAGGCAUCUGGAGGAGACCCAGAGGACCCUGGGAGCAAGACUGAGGACCAGUACUAUUUAUAACGCUGUGUUUACAUACACCGCCACCGCCAUCACCAUCUCCGCUGUCUACCUGCUGCUCAGAGGAACUGGUUAGACACGAUACCUCCAGUUUGAAUAUGUUGUUCACAUGCACUGUAACACUAUCAGUCAGAACUAAUAAUAAUACGUUAAUUACGUCAGAAUAGAACAUUUACUUGGUGGGCAGUAACUCAGCUUCAGUAAUAAACUGGUUACAGGUGUUGAUUUGGGCUUUUGAUCUGCUGCUGUUUAUUAAACUACUGAAUCAGAGAGCAACUUCGGUUGCUUCUCAAUGUUUUUAAUUCUGUGAUUCCAGCUAUGCUGCAUUUAGCUGACAGCACUCAGCAAUGUUAGUGUUUGUCAGUUACUGUCCAUCAUAGGUCUUUAUUUUCUAAAGUGUCAAACAUAAUCAGGUCCUUACUGAAUGAGACACUGGUACAGGAUAGACACCCUGUUGAUAUGAUGCCACAUGUCAUCAUAGAUGCUGUACAGUUAGUUAGGCUGCACUUAUUAAAAACUUUACAUCAUUUAAUAUAUAAAAUGUCAAAACUCUGUAAAUAAUUCCCUUCACAAUUUCCUAGAGCCCAAGAUUGAAUCUUAAAAUUCCAGGUCCAACAUUGCCAAAAUAAUAACCACCUGGGGCAAAAUUGAGUCAUGGGCCUCUAUUGACCAAUCAGUUUGUGGUAAUUUGGUAUAAGACUAAUGUAUUUAGGAAUAUGCAGCAUUUCAUUUAUGUCACAGGGCCCCUUAAAGACAGAUAAUAAUGCAGAACUCACCCAGUAUUGUAGCUUACCGGUGCAUAUUCCUCCAAAGAAAUUAAGUAUGAGGCCUUUGGCUCUCCACAGCAGUUGACCAACAGUCAGAAAUCCAAAAAAAUAUUUAAUUCAAAUUAAAAGAAUCUAAUCAAAUGUUAUAAUUAUUUGCCUAACAGCCACUUCCAGAUACACCUAUGACAGUCAGAACAUCAGUGGGUUGGAUUGAGACAUAAUUUAGCUUUAUCUGUUAUCUAUUUAUAACAUGAUCGGUUCAACUGAUGAUGACAAUGUUAAUAGGUAAAUGUAGCCAAGCUAGUCCAGUGCCAAGUGAGCCUUUUAACCUUAAAAAACUUAAUGUAACUCGAUUCAGCCCUGCCAGUAGAACCUCAAAGGGACCACAUCUUCUGUUCAUGGUCCCUCCUCUGGGAUUUAUUUCCUGUCUCCUCCAAGCUAAAACAGCACAGUAUUCAGACAACAGAUGCAUUGUGAGUGGAUUUGUUGCCAGACAUGGAGGGAGAACCCAUCAUGUGAUCAUUUAGAUUUUAUUGAUGGUUUAUCUCAUUUCACAGGAAAUGAAAUUGUGCACAGAUCAGUAGAAGCAAUAAUGAGAAUAAAGGAACUGUGACUUUUCAUUAAUGUCAGGCAGCAGUGUCAGUGAAUUGACAAUAAAAAGUUGACCAAUUAAAAUGUCUAUAAGGGCCCACAAAGAGCUCUGAGAUGGCCUUUACUUUCCUCACUGCAAUUUAAAAGAAAAAUAAAAUUCCCAAAUGUAACUACAUGAGAAAAUGUAGACUGUGUCUGCUGCGGUGGCAUUACUUUUUAAUCUCCUCCUGUACUUGAAUUUGUUGUUUGUUUCCUUGUUGAUGAUGAGCUGUUUGUCAUGUGGUUGACUGUGUGCACUGAGCUGGAUGAUGAUGUGUAUUAAACUGUUAUAUCGGA